CAAGUGGUUGCCUAUGUUGUCUGAACAUCUUAUAAUUCAUAUGAACCACAAAGUCAACCAUACCCCUUUUUAUCAAUUUCAUACCCCCCCAUUUCAUCAGUUUGCUCUCUCUCUCUAAGUUUCUGUUGCAACUGCUGAUUUUAACUUCCUAAACUCCACUUGGCCAGCACCAAAAUUCUACAUUAUUAGGACACCUUCCUUUUUUUUUUCAUUAUUUGAUAACUUUUCUGUUUAAUAUAUAUAUAUAUAUAUAUGUCUGUCUAGUCCCUCCUGAAAAGGCCUCUCAAAGCUUAGCAAAACAAAUAUUAAUUCCACUACUCUCUCUAGACUCUACAUUCUAUAAUCAGCUUUUUAUAUAUGUGAUAUAUAUCAAGUCUCUAGCUCCACAAAAAGGGCUGUCGAUCAUAUAAUCAAAUUUCUUCUUCUUCUUCUUCUUCUUCUUCUUCUUCAAUUCAUAGAUUGAAUGGAGGAGUCAUUGAAUAAAUCCAGUGGUUCAAAAGCAACAACAGAUGCUCCUGAAGAGAGUGGUUGGACAACUUACUUUGAAGAUUUCUUGUCAAACCAAAGAGAACACAACAACAACAACAACUACUCAUGUACUAAUAAUUCUGAGAGGACUACUUUUGGUACCCCUUCUUUGGUUUCUGAUGCUGCUUCUUGUGUUGCAUGGAAGGCUGCGUCUCAUAUCAAUCACGUCGACGGAUCGCCAAAGUUUCCUCACAAACUAUGUUUCAAGAAGAAGAGGACGAAAGAAAUUUCUUACGACGAUUCGUUGGAGGACACUGCUAGUUCUCCUGUCAAUAGCCCCAAGGUUAGUAGUUUGAAACAAAUGGAUAUUAAUCCCAAAAGGAGAGAUGACAAUAUUGAGAGAUCUUUGGGUAAAGGAGGAGGCUGUGAUCAUUAUUCAGAAUUGCAGACAGAUGAUGAUGAUGAUGAUCAAAGAAAUGAAAUGAAUUUUGAUGGGAAGAACAAUGACUGCACAGACUUGAAGAAGAAGGGGCUGUGCUUGGUCCCUCUGUCCAUGUUAGUCAACUAUCUUGGUUAAAAUCUCUCUCUCUCUCUACACGUGGCAGGAUAUACAAAAAUGUAUAGGGUUAAUCAUAAAACUGGUGUGAUAAUGUUGUUGACUACAGUGAGAUUGUUACUUGUCUUUCAUGCCAUCUUUAAUUGAUGCAGAUUCGUGUUUAAA